UCCACACCACACCCAUGGCCUGCAACAACAUCUGCCGUCCCUGCGGACCCACCCCGCUGGCCAACAGCUGCAACGAGCCCUGUGCCCUGCAAUGCCAGGAUUCCCGCGUCAUCAUCGACCCUUCCCCUGUGCUGGUCACCCUGCCAGGACCCAUCAUGACCUCCUUCCCCCAGAACACCGCUGUCGGAUCCACCUCCUCCGCUGCCGUGGGCACUGAGCUCAGUGUGCAGGGACAGCCCAUCUCUGGGGGAUUUGGUGGCUUUGGCGGCCUUGGCUAUGGUUUUGGCUAUGGCCGUGGAUUUGGCUAUGGGCUGGGAGGCCUGGGCUGCUAUGGCAGAAGGGGCGGCUACAACUGCUAA